UCUACUCGGCAGUCGAAAACCGGAAUCUCUUUUUUUUUUCUUGCCUCUAAGCAGGCGGAGAAAAAGUGCACACGUGGAAACUCAAGAUUGAUGUGCGUUUCAGCCAAUGGCAGUUCGAAAUUGUGACGUCGGUGACGGCUACCGACCAAUGGCAGCUCUCGGGGAGAAAAUGGGGAAAAAGAUGUUGUGAACGGGUCGGAGCCGAAGAGGAUUUUUUUUUUUUACACUAAAAGGGUUGAUGUGUACUUCGAUGAAAACAGUUGGACAAAUGAUGUAAAAUUGAAAAUGUUUUCAUUUUUAACUUUACUAACUUUUUAUUUUUGAAACAUCCCGAGACAAAGCUGCUCAGGGCCGGUUUAGCGCCAUGGGAAGCUUCAAGGGCCACGCGCUUCCCGGGAGCUUCUUCCUGCUGGGCGGCCUCUGGUGGACGGCCAAGUACUCGCUGUGGCACGCCAUCCGCCGGAACAAAAGCAUCGGCUCCACCCGGCUGAGCGGCAGAGCGGCACACCGCCGCCUGGAGGUCGUCGAGAGCACGCUUGUCCUCUUUUUCUCGUUAGCGGGGAUGCUCGCCGAGCAGUUCUUAAACGACGGGCCGCGACUCAGGCUGUACGACUUUGCGGAGAACCAGUGGAAAGACCUGAUGAACUGGCAACACGCCACCAUGUAUCUCUUCUUCGGCCUGGCGGGAUGCGUGUCCUUGAUCGUGCACACCACGGAGGCCGCCCCCCUCGCCCUGGACAGGGUGUUGAUGGCUGUCGCCUUCUUUAACGAGGGAUUCCUGUUCCUGUACCACCUCCACGGCCGGACCAUGCUGGACGUGCACUUGCAUAUCCUCCUGCUCUACGCUGUCUUCGGGGGGGCCCUGGUGGCCUUCCUGGAACUUUUCCACAGGGGCAACAUCCUCCUGGAGCUGCUACGCUGUGCCCUGACUAUGCUGCAGGGGAGCUGGUUCUGGCAGAUCGGCUACGUGCUGUACCCUCCCAGCGGUGCCCCGUGGGACCCCAAGGACCACGACAACGUGAUGUUCAUCACCAUGUGCUACUCGUGGCACAUGGCCUUCGCCAUGCUGGCCGUCGGCCUGCUCUACUGCCUGGUCAGCUGUGCGGUGCGCUCCCGACUUAAGAAGACCCCCGCGGUGGAAAUGGGCCUGCUCAAGCGCGGCGACAAGGACCCCGAGUCGGAGGACGAGGCGGUGUGAAGCGGACGCUUCUCCACCGCGCUGCUCAUCAUUCAAAAUCAGGGAUAGGACGUUUGAGGCGCGAGCAGUCUCGUGGCUGUGGCGGAUUUUUCCGAGCGGCGCCCUUCUUUGCCAAGCUGUCCGAUUUCUCAUUUGAUGUCAUUACGCGCUAAUAUUUUUGCUCUUGGACAAGCAACAACGCAUCUAUUUAUGUAGCAACAGAAGUGUUAAGAAAUAAUAACAGUAUUUAAUGGUGACAUGCACUUUAUCGCAGUCUCUUGAUGUUUGUUGGGUUAUUGUACGACACUAAUAAAAGAUAUGUCACGUCGAAAUCAAACGGCGGGAGCGUAUUCGUGCAGUGGAGGAUGUACUAAAAAUGUACACUCCACGUGCUUCAUUUUUUCCCCUUAUUUUCUCUCAAAUAUUAUCCACACAAAUAUUAUGCCCUUAGUAUUUGACUCCUGCAACGCGGACAAUUUCGGCAAACCAAAUUUCUCAAAACGAGAUCUGUUCUCGACAAACCAC